AUGUAUGAUGACAAAAAGGGUGGUAACCCUUAUCCCCGAUGGUUAGUAGAGGGUUUUAAUGACACUUUGGUGGACUAUGGCCUACAUGAUCUUGAGUUGUAUGGAUACCCAUACACUUGGGAACGGAGCCGUGGCAAGCCGGAAUGGGUGGAAGUUCGUAUUGAUCGUGCUUUGGUGAACCAAUCUUGGUUAGGUUUCUUUCCUUUAGCCAAACUUUUUAAUCUUGAAGUAUCUACUUCGGAUCACACUCCUUUAAAUUUGGUGUUGGUUAAUGAAGUGGUGGUUGCUAGAAAUCAUGUGCUUCGAUUUGAAAAUGCUUGGUUGAAAGAACCUUUGUUUUUUGAGAUUGUAAAAAGUUGUUGGGGGAAUGAUGCAUCGAGUGGAAUUAUGGCAAAGGUUAAGAAUUGUGGUGAGGUUCUUGGGCGGUGGGGAAAGGAUUAUUCAGGGAAUUUUCCUAAGAGAAUUAAAGAAUGUAAGUUGGAAGUGCAACGUUGGAAACGGGGGCGUGAUGCUAUGUCUCUUGAGAACUUUAACAAUGCUUCAGCUAAGCUGAAUAAGGUGCUUUUGCAACGAGAGAUAUUCUGGAAACAACGAAGCAAGCAACUUUGGUUGCGUGAAGGGGAUAGUAACUCUAAAUAUUUUCAUGCUUCGGCUUCAUCUAGAAGACGCAGAAAUUCGAUACAAAGGUUGAAAGAUGCAAAUGGCGUUUGGGUGGAUUGGAAUGGAAGUCUUCCUUCGGUUAUGGUGGACUAUUUUUCUUCGCUAUUCACUGCCAAUGCCGUGCAUGAUGAUGUUGUUCUUCAGUGUGUUCCUUCGGCUGUCACUAGUGAACACAAUAAUCGGUUGUUGGAACCGGUUACGGAUGAGGAGGUCCGUCGUGCUCUCUUCCAAAUGCAUCCCGACAAGUCUCCAGGUUCUGAUGGAAUGACCCCAGGAUUCUAUCAAAAAUGUUGGAGCACUGUAAGUAAUGAUCUUAUCACUCUUGUUAAGAAUUUCUUUGUUGUUGGUUCUUUUCCAAGAGAGUUAAAUCAUACUAAUAUUGUGCUUAUUCCUAAGAAAAAAAAUCCGGAGUCUAUGUCUGAUUUGAGGCCUAUAUCCCUAUGUAAUGUGCUUUAUAAAAUUAUUUCGAAGGUCUUAGCGAAUCGUUUUAAAGAUGUUUUGCCUGUGGUAAUUUCUAAUCAUCAAAGUGCUUUUCUCCCGGGUCGAUUGAUAUCGGAUAAUAUUAUGGUUGCUUUUGAGAUUAUGCACUAUUUGAAAAGGAAGCGAGUUGGGAAGGAUGGUUUUAUGGCUCUCAAGCUUGAUAUGAGUAAAGCAUACGACAGAGUUGAGUGGAACUUUCUUGAGAAUAUGUUGCUUCGAAUGGGCUUUCAUCGCCAUUGGGUUCACUUAAUCAUGUCCUGUGUUACUUCAGUUUCAUAUAAUAUUACUCAUGGAGGCCAUUCUAUGGGGCCUAUUCUUCCUACCAGAGGGUUGCGACAAGGAGAUCCAUUGUCGCCUUACUUGUUCUUGAUUUGUGCGGAGGGUCUCUCUUUGUUAUUCAAACAUUUUGAGCGGCAACACUGGUUGACUGGUUGUCGGGUGGCUAGGGGUUCUCCUGUGGUGUCUCAUAUGCUUUUUGCUAAUGAUAGUUAUGUGUUCUGUAAGGCCAAUGACAAUGAAGCUCAAAAUGUUCUUCGCCUUCUUCAACAACAUGAGUCAGCUUCGGGGCAGCAGGUAAAUUUUGCUAAAUCAUCUGUUUUCUUUAGCAAAAAUGUUGCAUCGGCUGUGAGGGAUCGACUAUGUGGUCUCAUGCAGUUAAAUGCGGCUUCUGAUGAUAGUUUUUAUCUGGGGCUUCCUUGUUUCAUGGGGAAAAAUAAGAAUGCUAUUCUGGGUUUUUUGAAGGAUAAGAUGAAGAAGAAGAUUUUUAGCUGGGAGACUAAAUUCUUAUCAAAAGCUGGCAAAGAAGUCUUGAUUAAGUCAGUAGCGCAAGCCUUACCAAGCUAUGCAAUGAGUGUUUUUCUUUUAACCCAAGAAAUUUGUUCGAGCCUUGAAGGAAUGAUGGCGAAGUUUUGGUGGAAGUACCAAUCAAAUUCUUCUAGUAGGGGAGUGAGUUGGAUAAGUUGGAAGAAACUUUGUCAACAUAAAGAUAUUGGUGGUCUUGGCUUUCGCGACCUCCGUGACUAUAAUCUUUCUUUCUUGGGCAAACAAGGUUGGCGCUUGCUUACUAUGGAAGACUCUCUAGUGGCGAGAAUUUACAAAGCAAGGUACUUCCCUCAUGGUUCUUUUCUGAAUGCUGAACUAGGACAAAACCCAAGUUUUAUUUGGCGAAGUAUUUGGGCAGCUCAAGAUCUUGUAAAACAAGGGGCUCGACGAGCUAUUGCUAAUGGCAACACGGUUAGCAUUUUACAUGAUCCUUGGUUACCAAAUGACUCUAAUCCUUUUGUUUUGUCCUCUAAUCCGAGCCUAGUGGAUCAAUCUGUGGCUAGUUUGAUGAUAACGGGGGAGCGUUCUUGGGAUGUUGAGCUUCUUAAUGAUAUGUUUGAAGAACGGGAUGUCAAUUUAAUAAGAGGUAUUCAACUUAGUCAAUCUCGGGCUGCUAAUGGUUGGUAUUGGAAUAUGGAAUCUUCGGGUUUCUACUCAGUCAAAAGUGCUUACAAGUUUCUCCAAGCAUUAAGAGGAAAUUGGUUAUUCAUGCAAGAUGAUAAUUUUUGGAAGCUGCCCGUGCCCUCAAAGGUUCAUCACUUUCUUUGGAAAGCUUGCUCUGGUUGCCUCCCAACAAAGGUACAACUUCAUUCAAAACAUGUUAAUGUUGAUCUUUUAUGUCCUUUGUGUAAUAUGCAUGUGGAGACAAUUGUCCAUGUCUUGGUGGACUGUUCUUUCUCACGGUCAUGCUGGGCUUUAUCUUCGAUAAACCAGUCAGCUAAUGGUACAAAUGCUGAGUUUUGUGACUGGUUUUUUGACAUUCUUGCUGCCGGCAGUGAGACUGUAGCUUGUGAAGCUGCCAUGUUGUGUUGGAGUAUUUGGAAUACUCGAAAUGAAGUGCAAUGGCAAAGCAAAAACCGAACUGUUUUGGAGGUGGUUAAAUCGGCAAAACAUGUCCUUGGCCAAUGGAAAAUUACAAAGUUUGAAGCUCCUACUGCUAUGUUUGCUACGGGGGGUAUUUCGAACAGUAAUAGUUGGCGUAAACCUAAUGUCUUUACGGUCAAGGUAAAUGUUGAUGGUGCCACUUUUGAAACUCAACAUAAAUUCGGUUUUGGUUGUGUUGCUCGUGAUAGUCAUGGUAGGCUUCUUGAAGCUAUCUCUGGGAGUAGAUGGGGUUGUGUGUCUGCAGAGAUUGCUGAGGUGAUUGGUAUCAAGGAGGCGCUUAGUUGGAUAAAGCGCAAAGGGUGGGAUGCGGUGGUUCUUGAGUCUGAUGCUUUGGUUGUGGUUCAAGCAAUUAACAGCUCAGUUCAUAUGCCAUCUCAAUUUGGGUUGUUAGUUGAGGACUGUCGUACUAUUUUAUCUACUUUAAAUAAUGUCCUUGUUUCUUUUGUUAAUCGUUCUGCAAAUAAGGCUGCCCAUUGUGUUGCUAAGGCCUCUUAUUUAUCGUCAGAUCGAAUGUUUAAUGAGCUGAAUGCUCCUUCUUUCUUAUGUGACAUUGUUCAGGCUGAGGCCUGA